AUGAAGAUGGAAGUUGAGCAACUUUGCAGAGAAGUGAAGUUGCAGAGGCAACAGGUGUCUAAAUGUUCUGAAGAAAUAAAGAACUACAUUGAAGAACGUUCUGGAAAGGAUCCUCUGGUGAAAGGAAUUCCAGAAGACAAGAAUCCUUUUUAA